AAUAUAAUGGUUGGUUAAUAUUAUAUUAAAAUUUUGACAAACUCGAACCGAUUUCGUUGUGUGCAAUUCUGCUAUAGCUAAUUUAUCUGGUUGGUUUCUGUCUGAAAUUCAGCUAGUAGCCUACCUAAAAUAUAUCUCAAAAUAUAUUUUGAAAAGCUCAAACCGACUUCGGUGUCUGAAAUUCAGCUACACUCUACCUAUCUCUAGGUGGUAUUAUAUAUGAUUGUUUUGGCAAACUCAAACCGUUUUCGGUGUCUGAAAUUCAGACACCCAAAUUUAUCUCAGUCUGCAUGGUUGGUAUUUAUAUAUGAUUUUGACAAACUCACACCGUUUUCGGUGUCUGAAAUUCAGACACCCAAAUUUAUCUCAGUCUGCAUGGUUGGUAUUUAUAUACGAUUUUGACAAACUCAAACCGUUUUCGGUGUCUGAAAUUCAGACACCCAAAUUUAUCUCAGUCUGCAUGGUUGGUAUUUAUAUAUGAUUUUGACAAACUCAAACCGUUUUCGGUGUCUGAAAUUCAGACACCCAAAUUUAUCUCAGUCUGCACGGUUGGUAUUUAUAUAUGAUUUUGACAAACUCAAACCGUUUUCGGUGUCUGAAAUUCAGACACCCAAAUUUAUCUCAGUCUGCAUGGUUGGUAUUUAAAUAUGAUUUUGACAAACUCAAACCGUUUUCGGUGUCUGAAAUUCAGACACCCAAAUUUAUCUCAGUCUGCAUGGUUGGUAUUUAUAUAUGAUUUUGACAAACUCAAACCGUUUUCGGUGUCUGAAAUUCAGACACCCAAAUUUAUCUCAGUCUGCAUGGUUGGUAUUUAUAUAUGAUUUUGACAAACUCAAACCGUUUUCGGUGUCUGAAAUUCAGACACCCAAAUUUAUCUCAGUCUGCAUGGUUGGUAUUUAUAUAUGGUUUUGACAAACUCAAACCGUUUUCGGUGUCUGAAAUUCAGACACCGAAUUAUAUUUAUAUCUGACAAUGGUUGGUCUAUUUAUAUAUAUGAGUGAUAAUCUGAAUCCAGUUUAAGUCAUGUAAGCAUAUGAAUACUGAAAAUUUUCGCUUUAGCAUUAAUAAUUUCAGAAUGGUGUCUCGUUUAGACAAAAAUGUUGUUUUUUGGCAGAGUCUCUGCCAAAAAAUAGUAUUUCGAUUUGCUAAAGUGAAAUCUUCGCACUUUUUGUUAUUUUUUUAAAUUUUUGCAGAAAAAAAAAUAGUUUGGAAUUAUUGAAAAUAGUUUGGAACGCGUUUUAAUUGGCAAUUAUGCCUGCAGCCAGAGUUUUGACUGUUUAAAAUAUUACACAAUGAUUGUUUUUAUACUGUUUAAAUGUCUAUAAUAAAAUGUAGUAUUUGGCUACUUACUAGAUGAGGAUAAGUUUCCAUGUUGAUAGAUAACUUUGGAAUAAUAUCACAAGUAGAAUGGUGAAAACAAGAUAGCCAAUUCAAGACAAAAUCAAGAUAUUUUUGAAGCCAAAAUAUGGCAAAGAAUAACACGAGUACACGACUUACAUGAGGCCAAACUACACUCGUUCGCAGGUUAUGUGCGAGCAUGAUGUAAACACUGAAUAAAUAACAAACUAUUACUAUAUUAUUUACUAUUAUUAGUAGUUAUUUAUAGUUCGAUGGAUGUAAACAAUUGAUGUAAGCUAAUAUUGGCUUAAUUAUUCAAGCUCGUCGUUGAAUGGCUAUGGGUAUAAACGUUAAUACUAAUGUGCUUCGCAGAUACAAAAAUAAAGAUAUACACCGGCACUGUAUUGAAAUAUGUUCAUACCUGGAAGUUUUUUUCAUUAUAGAAGUGUAUUUUCCCAAAUUAGAUUGGGUGGAUGGGUCAUGAAAUAAAAUUGGUAAGAUUGGAUGGGCUUUGAAAUUUUUAUCUACAUCCUAAGAUGGGUAACCAAACUUAUUGGCAAAAUUUGUGAUUUACCUCCAGCCCACCCUAGCAGUUACUUUAUGACCAGUCCCUAAUCCAGCUCUAUAUAACGAAAUAAACAAGUUCAAAUGAUUAUUUUUCAUUUUAACAUGGAAUAAAUCAUAAAAGCGAAUUGAUAUUUUCACAGCCCUGAUCAAGUUUCGCCACACGACAUCGCGGUACUCGCGCUCGAGGACAUGAAUAUUGUUUAUACUUAAUUAACGCAAUAGGCAAUAUGCGUGCAGGGGACAAUGGGAAGUAAGGUAUCACAUUGGGAAUUAUGCUGAAAAAAUAAAAAGUAAUGGUCGUGUAAACAUGGAGUGAUAGCUUAUACUUGUAAAUAUUGAAAUAUUUCGGUUGUUUCGGUAGUUUUUAUUGAAAUUUUUCAGCAGAAUUAGUAAUAUGAUACCUUACUUCCCAUCAUCCCCUGCAGGCAUAAGCAUAAACUAAAAGCUGGAAUUGCCUAUAUCAUGAGAUCGCUAUACAAAGUCCUCCCCAUGCAGUGCAAUCUUUCAAAUUCACCAGGGACGCCGAAAGGGGGCGUAGAGGGGGAGGGAAGGGGAAUCGCGCCUGGCCUCCAGGUUUUGGCCCCAGCCAUUUUUUGGAAGAAAUAUUUCCGCGCACAAGGCAAGACCCUUUUGGGCAAAGUAACUAAAUUUGUUGUCCGCCAAAAAAAAUUUUCCGGAAAAAUUUGAAAUAGAGGCCUCUAAAAAAAAAAUUGCCCCGGGCCCCCGCCAAGCUCUCGGCGGCCCUGAAAUUCACCUCCUGCUUGCAUCAUUUUCAACGACGCUACUCAUUGGACAUGAGCCUAGAAGUAUAAACUUGCUUUGAAUCCAGCUUUAAUCUGUUAAGCAGAGCUAAUUUUACAGAUAUGAGCAAAAAGUUCAGAUUUCAAGUUCCAAAUUUCAAGUAAACCAAACUUACAGAACAUUAACACAACAUCAACCUUACUUCGUUACACUACGAAAACUUGCAAAAUGUAGAUAGAGUAUGCUGUCUUACCAAUUCCGAUAGCCAGGCGGCCGGACAAUAAGUUGAUCUUACUCUCUGGUUGGAUAUGAUAUCCGGUGCGUUCCUAACUGCCACACGCAAACACAAUGGCCUUAAAGUCACUGCUAAUGGACUGGUAUCGGGUAUAGGCCUCUGAACGCUAUCUCCAAAUGGCAAUAUAUUGUGAUUUGUAAAAGGAAUUGAUAAUAGUCGAAUGGCAUAAUUAAAAUAUUUUUGGCCAAAAGUGGAUUUCUUUCUAUUGGCCAAUAAUGUAAAAGUUCCCUUUAGGAUGAUUGAAGAAGAUAUUCAAGAACAGAUAUGUUCUAGACGUGCGAAGAAGUCUAAUUCCUCAUUCUACACACCUAGGCCUUUAUAAUUUUGUUCCGGCUUUGAAAAAAUUAGAACAAUAUAUGGCAUCAAAUUUCGCUAAGCCACCUUAAGUAAUUACAAAAUAACUUACACAACCAGAAACUUGAUGUAAUCCUCUGCAAAGAAGAGGAUUACACAACAACGCACAAAUAAACAAAUAACGUCAUCUAAACCACUGUUCUUCUACCAAAACAAUAUCCAAGAUAUAUAGCACUACCGACAUCUAUCCACAACUCGUGUCUGCUUGCAUUUAUCACACUUUAUGUUACAGCAAGGCCAUUCAAAACGACAAUUACAGUUCUUAAUUUCAACCGACACAGACGUCUUGUAAGGUCGUCCACAGCAUCUCUUUGUACAACCAUCAUGACCAUUCGAUGUGCGAUUACACGUGCGACCAACCGUACCGACAAUGCCCAUGGAAUCAUUUGGCUCACAGAAAUUUUCAGAUUUCUUAAAAUAAACGAGUUUACCUUGCAGUUGUUUUGUACUUGCAGUUAUUUUUCUCGAGAUUCUCACUUUCUUAUAAAGUCGUCUGUUAGUUUUAUUCCAAUGUGAACGUAUUGGGUCCAGGUAGAGUUUCCAAAUCUCGUCUCCGACUUUCUCUAGCGAUGGUACAACCCGUCUACAGAUUUUGUGCCUGCAUCCUCUCAAGUGAGAAUGGCAGUCGCAUUUACGUUGUGCGUUCUGACGGACGAUCUGUAAGGGAGAGAAAAUUAACAAUUUAAAUUAUAGACUGUAUCUGGUGAAAUCAUGUGAUAUGGCGCCGUUCGCACUAGCGAUUUAGAUCGACCCAAAACCAGUUCAGAGCCGUAUGGGACAAAUUGUGGACAACAAAAACAAGCUGAGAUUGAAUCGAGAUAGACAUAAAGUCUAAACUAGACCACCUCGAGAGUCGUGAGGUGGUCUCGGAUUAGUUCACAUUAGUUUACAUGAAUUUCAAGAUUCAAGAUUUAUUCAAUUCAGUAACUUCGCAGCCUGGCAUGCAUAACCGCCGCCCUGGUCCCAGCUUAUUAAUGGUAGCUAGUUCGGUUGAUUCAUUCAUGUUUUUAUGUGUGCACACUACACAACUGUGUACACCACACAAGACGUCCAAGGAAUCGGUUCGAGACAUGGAGGGCUCAACUACUGAUGUUUACAACAGGUAAUUUAGAAGAUUAUCAUAAAACUAUAUAAUUAUUUACAAUAAAACUCAUUGUAACGACUAGCUGUAAUGUUAAUAAAGGAAUUUUUAAAACGGUCCGUAUUACACUUGGGGACGGAAAAUUUCCUAAUGUUUCUUAAAGGUAAGUUUCUGUUCGUAUUAAAGGGUAAACGAUUAUGCAAUUUGUCGUCUGGAUUACGGGAGACCUUUAAUAAAAGAUCAUCGCAGAGAAUGUCCCGAUAGGCCCGGCAGUCUUUCCAAGCUCGAUAAUUUCAUGCAACAUCGUAGAGUUAUCAUAGCCAUGAAUAAUCCUCUUUGCUCUUUUUUUGAAUGCGUUCCAAUGAUGAUUUUAAUUUUUCUUGUAAGUUAAAGUUAAAAACUUCACAAGCAUAAGUCAGGACGGGACAAAUACACGUAACAUAGCCUUCCACUAGUUCUUUAGUUUGAACUUUUGCACUUUCAACUGAGAUAAAAAAUACAGACGCUUUGAUGCCCUUUGGCAAAUUUUUUCAACGUGUUUGUCCCACUUAAGGUUGUUUUGAAUGGUCAAACCCAGAAGUUGAAAAGAAUCAACAAUUUCAAUAGUGGAGCCAUUUAUAUGUAAAUCAUCAAAUGUGGAGGGAGCUUGUUUAAAGGAUAUUCGCAUUUCUUUGCAUUUAAUUGGUUGGAUUUGAAAUUUAUUCUGAAUUGACCAUUUUGAUAUUUCGUCCACUGUAACACGCGCGGUGCUUUGCUGAUGAUUAUCCAUCAACGAAGAUUGCAUUUCCAUGGUCCUAAUUUGGUCCUCAUAAACAUGGUCCUAAUUUGGAGCCUUUAGGAACGCCUGCUGAUACCUCGUCCCAACUUGAGAAGAUAUCAUUCUCUAAUUUAACUCUUUGCUUGCGGUCACUCAAAAAAUCGUGAAUCCAAUUUAAAAUAUAGGGAUUGAUUUCAUAGCUUUUCAAUUUACACAUCAGCAAAUUGUGAUCUAUUAGAUCGAACGCUUUUUUGUAACCGUUAAUAUUACUCUCAUUUCUGAACCCAUAUUGUCAGCACUGUACAUGCAAGCCAAUCGUGGGUCAGGUAUAUUAGGGCAUGUUUAUUAGAUGAAAAGGGAAACGACCAUAUUGAUCAGACUGGUCUUGUAUACUUCAAAACGGCAGGUUUUACAUGUUCUUGUACAACAUACUCUUCAGCGAUUUUCGAUAAAGUAGGCGUUAGAGAAAUCGGCCAUAGAUCUUUAUUAAAUUCUUCGAUGGUCUGAUUUUUUGGUAAAGGGAUGACACUGGCCUUUUUCCAUAUAGUAGGUAGAACUUGUUUUUGGAAAGACGAAUUAAUUAGAUAACAUACUGCUUCAGCAAGAAGAUGGCUAAAGGUUUUUAGAAACCAGUUGGGAAACCCAUCUGAACCGGGUGCUUUAGAUUCUAUGAUUGUUCUUAGUUUUCACUCAACAGAUUUGGUGGAAACUUUAGGAAUCCGAUGGUUAGUCACUUCAAUUUUACUACUAGGGGCAGCCUAGACCUAGGCCUUUACUCGGCUGGCUUUGGCAAGUAUCUUUGGCAGGUUUGGUCAAUUUCCGGCUAGCAUUUGGUAACUAUCUCAAUGGUCAUUUGCCUCGUAAAAGCCUAGUAGAUUUCACAAGUUCUCAAAUUAGCCCCAUAACUUUGUGAUCCGAAAUUGAUCAGAAACUAAAGCAAUUUAUACUGUCCAGUAGUUAUUACAUUAACUAUAAAAACAUUUUAUGACUAAACUAACCUAUUAUGUACUAUUUACAACAUUCGCGUCCGUGUUGUAUCGGAUAUACAACGAAACUUAUGAAACGACUCAUCUUAUGAGUUCAUUGGCGAAGUAAUUUUAAAAAUAAACGUUGCCUAAGCCGAGAAAAUCAAAGUUAAAGUUUAUGUAAAUCAACAUGAAACUGUAUCACAUAUACAGACUCCUUCACGCCUAUGAUUUCUUUUGUGUUUUCUUCAUGAAUUAUUAAUGAGUUUUUUUAAUAAACAUUUUUAAGGCCUUUAAAGUUGCAACAAUUUUGUACACUGAUUUUAUAUACUCGAAAUAGUUCUUUUAUUCGCAAAACAAUCUACUGUUUUGCUUUGAAUAACUAUAUUUGCGAAUUCGGAAUGACGAUUUUGACGUUAUUGUUCAAGUAUUAUGGAUAUACCAUUGUAAACAAUGUACGUUUUAUACCCUGUGUGGGCUAAUAAUAUAUGUAUCCGUUCUAUUUAACAAUCAUAGAGCAUGCUGAUUGUUAGAUACAUUAGACGUAUAAGAACCUGGGCACUAGUUUACUUUAUGUUCUUUUAUCAUUCUGUAUUGCGAACUUAUAUUAUAUUAGUCUCAGAUAAAAUAAAGCAAUGUUACUGAAUGCACGCAUGAAAUGGACAGACUCCUAUCUAAAUUAUAUAUGUGUUUGUAUGUUUUACAAACACAAGGCUGCUUCUUGCCAAAAUUGAGAAAAUAUAUAUAUUAUAGUAUAAGACAAUAUUUCAUGAAAGAUUCUACUUUUGGUAUAUAUUUUGACUCAUUUUGAGCUUUCGCUACACUUUGUCAACAUAAUAAUAGUGUUGCUUCAAACUUUAUGAUAAAAAACCCGAUUUUACAUGCGUGUAUACAAAUAAAAAUAGUAAGUUUAUAUUAUAAAUGAGUUUAUUUUACCUGUAUCGGUUUAAAUUCGCUGUUAAGUUGCAAAUAAUUCCGUUUGAGAACGCAAUAAUUGGGCAUAUCCAAGUAGGGCAAAUUCAGGGCAGUUUUUGGCACUCGGAUUGGGAAAUCUACUAGACCUUCUAUUUUUUCGCUUUCAUCCAACCUCCGCCCCCAAAUCAUCUAGUCCCAGUGUUUUCAUGUGAAAAAGCGCUGAAUAUUAAAAAAAUAAUGAAAAUAGAAGGCCUAGGUCAAGGCUGUACUAGGGGAUAUAUUCGGGUAACUUUGAUAAGGGUUCAGAAAAGUCGAAUUUAUAUCAUUGGCCAGUUGAAUUUUAGAAUUGGUAGACGGCGAUUCCAUUUCCAGUAGUUUAUUAACGAUACCGGUAUUUGGUUUUGACAUACUACAGAUCUUUUUGCAGAUCGACCACCAUUUCAACGGGUCUACGUGUUUUAGAUUUUCAAUCUUGCUUUUGUAAAAUAUCGAUUUGAUAACUUUUCUUUCGCGGUUGACUUUAUUACGAUAAAAUCUGAAAAGCAAGAUGUUGUUUUCUUUCAAGGCUUUCUGACGAUGGUAAAUUAAGUCCUUAAGAUACAUGGUCAUCCAAGGGGUGUCAUUUUGAUGCAAUUUAACAAUUUUGGGGGGCAUCAUUGAAUUUAAACCAAUCAUAAGUGUGUCGUUAAAAUAAUUUAACUGUUCUUCGAUGGUAGGCAAAGAGUUAAGUACGGACCAAUCCAUAUUGCUCAAAAAUCUUCCUAAGGCUUCAAAUGAGCUCUUGUUCCUUUUGCUCACUGGUAUUAAUUUCUUCGUAUUGGAGGAACUUGGCCGUAAGUUUGGACAAAUAGUAACGGUAAAAUAGUCUGAUAAGCCGAAGGGUGGUUUUUUUCUCAGGGUUUUGGUAAAAUUUAGCUAAAUUAAUCAGAAUUAAGUCCAAAGUACGCUCACCUCUAGUAGGAAAUUUAACCAGUUGUUUCAGACGGAAUUGAUUUGUAAUUUGGUUAAUGUUAAGGCGGUUAAAAUCACCAGCUAUUAUAAUCGCAGCAUGUGGGGCAUAGUGCUUUCUAUUUUCGAAAGGGUAUAUCAGUUAUGUGGUUAAUUAAUACGUUGUCGUCAGCAGUAGGGGGAUGAUAAACUGUUGCAACCAUAAGAUGAAAAAACCUCGAGGGAGUUGGCUAGGUCUUAGUUUACACAACAAUAUUUCCACAUCCUCUACGUCGUAUUCGGUUAGAAUAGUGACAGGAGUAGACCCUCUAACAUACAUGCAAACCCCACCAGGCCUCGAAUUUCCCUGAAAUCAAUCGACGGCAAUGACGUUAAAAAUUACCGUAGAACGUAACAGCUGUCUACGGCAAUUUUGGCAGUUUCCACGGCAUUUUUCAAAUUACUGUAAUAAAAUUUUAAUUUUAUUGUUACUUUAGAUUUUGGACAAGGUAGAAUCAUGUCUACGUAUUUCUUUAGUGUUUUUUUUUCGAAGAAAAGUGAGACUAAAAUAGUGAUUUACGCAUGGUUUGAUCAACAUCUGAAUAUUAAUAUUAAUUAAUAAUAGAUAAAUUGAUAGAAAGGUUGAAACAUCCGUCAUGUGAUCAGAUCUUUACCAAGAGUAGCGUUUCCAUUCGGAGAUUUCCGAUAGCAGUUCGAAAAUGCAUCUCAAAGCUGUUAUUGAUUAUAGAGCAAUUUCUGAUUAUUUACAUUUUAAAGAAUUUAAUAUGGAAACUAUAGUCUAUACCGGCGCCAACAAAUCACCGGUAUUUUUGAAAUCUGAAUGCAAACUCGAGCACAUCCCCCGAGUUCCGAACUUCAUCCGACCGGAUUGUACACUCUUGGCACACAUAUCGCCAAAAUUGCGAAGAAGGCCUACAGUUAAAAAUCAUUUAGAAAAAAGUUUAUCUAUGUUAUUUCUUUACGAGAUAAAUUUGUUCCUCUAAGAGAAUGCUGAGCGCUCGAUCUGUGUUCGAGAUAGUUCUAAUUUUGAAGAAUCUUAAACGGCCCCGGUGGUGAAACUCAAUUGAACCAAACAGGACACUGAUUAUGUACUAUACGUGCACGGACGAAUUAUAAGGGUAAUGAAUGCUAUAGACGUAUGUAACAGGUGAAUCAUCGCGGUUGCUAUUUUGUAAAGCGAGUAACAAUUUUGAGGUGUGUUUGAUUUCAAAAAGAAGCAAAGCGCUCCAAAAGGAGUAAAGCGGUCCAUAAGUAGUUGAUGCAGUUGAAACUUUGAGGUUUGGAAAGGAAUUAAAAUACGUAAUAGUGAGGAUUUUAUUAAAGUUUAAAAAUUUGUUUGUGAGGAUAUACAAGCCACGAAGGUUUCUUAGAUUCUUUAAAAUUUCAUAUACCGCCUUGCGUAAAAGUAUCAAAAUAAUAUCGAUUUUGCAGUAAAUGGCUACCGUCUAUAAAUAUUUAUUGUGCGGUCACAAGUUUAUUUAAAGGGAGACAUUUUUGUAUGUUACAUAACAUGCUGUCAAAACUAACGCGUAUACAAUUUGGUUGAGUUUUCAUUUUUGAUACGUUUCUCAAUGAUGGGAAAAAAACUUUAAAAAUAUGUUUCAAGAGAAAGUCUGAAGUUCUACGGUAAGCCGCUUGCUCAAGUGAUUUAUACAGUAUGCUCCAUAAAUAUGCAUGUCUGGAACGAUACUUUGACUAUAAGAAGUGUAGCCAAAGCUAAGAUGGCGGAAAUUGGACAGUUUUUGGACGUCAAACCCACUCCUCUUUCAACUGUCGUUGUCUGCGCGGUCGGACACGAAGCUGCAAGGAGCGUGCCUGAAUUUCGUAUUUUGACUUCAAUUCAAAGACUAUUAUGAUUAUGAUUUUAUGCCUUUCCUUUAACCAAUGCAGACAAUUAAAACAAUGUGAAAAAGCAAUUUUUCAAAAUAAACUAAGAUUUUACAUGCAAAGCAAAUUAACCAUCAUGGGCCGUAUGUUCAAUUCCUACCAGAGGACCUUGUGCUGCAUUCUUCGCAGUCGUUCCUGGUUAGGUCUUAAAAUGUAUAUAUUCUCACUUGGAUUACAAACCCUAACAUUCUAAUAAAAAUUGCCUGUUAGUAUAGGUAAUCACACGGGAAGGAGUGCAAUUAAUGAUUAACACUACGAGUGAUAUUUGAAAAAUGUGCCAAAAUUGCACGAGCCGCCGAGGCGAGUGCAAUUUGGCACAUUUUUCAAAUAUCACGAGUAGUGUUAAUCAUUAAUUGCACUCCUUCCCGUGUGAUUAUUUAUUUAUUAUAUGCAUGACAAAAUCGCUUUCUUUAUAUAUCAACUGCAUUUUGUCAAGAGUUUUUAAUUCUGUUGUAAGCAAUUUGGUAAAAACAAACUUGGAAAAUGAUUAUAAACUCAUAAAGGCACAUAACUUAAACUAGAACACAAGAUUCAAACUCAAACAACAUAUUUUAGACUAAGAAAAUCUUUAUAAAUUGUAUUUCAACCUUACAUAGUCACGUUUCGCUGCAUCCCGCCAAGAUUAUUUCUUAAGACUGUUUUCUGGUAUUUUCCACAGGCUCUUUUUGCCAUACAAUGUUUCUUAAACUCAUUCUUGUGCCAAAAUUCAGUUAAAUUCGUCAACAUUUGUUAGAAAUACUUAUCUAAAUUUCGCCGCCAUAUUGGAUUUUCUUAUUUUGAUUUCCCGCUCCCCCAGCCAUCACGAAAAUCAUUAAUUGCACUCUUGGAGAGUGCAAUUAAUGAAAUAAUUGCACUCCUCUUAACCAAUCAGAUUGCAGUAAUUUUGUCAUGUAUAUAAUAAUCUCUGUUAUCUGGGUAUGUAGUAAUGUAAUUUUAUACCAAUGCAAUGUGCUAUUUUUCAAGGGCUUUUCAAUGCAGUUAUCGAUUUAAUCAUGCCUAAAAUUGCCGUUAAGAUAUGACAAUUGCCGUACGGCCUACUUUUACGCAAACGCAAAUUACAACUGCAACUUUCAUGCUUAAAUUUCUCCGUUAUCUGGGCAUGUAGCAGGGCCGUAGCAACCGGGGGGGCUGGGGGGGCUGCAGCCCCCCCCCCCAAUAAUUUGCUAAUAAUCAUUCUUUUUUCAAAAUCAUGCAAACUUUAUCAUUUAAUCUGUGACAAACUGCAAAGAAUGAAGAUAUUACUCAUACUCCAGAUCGUUCCUCGCGUAGAAAUUUUAGCUGAAUUUCUGUCGCGCAUUUUCAAGAAAAUCCCACAAAAUCUGCACAUUUUUGAUGAACUAAUGAUUUAUUUUGUCUUUCGCGUGUUGGGUCUUGCGAAAGAAAACUCUGAAAAUGCCAUUUCAGACCAUCUAGAGACUCCAGAUUUUCGAAAUUUUCUCAAAUGUUCUGCCUUCAUUUCCGCGCAACUGCCAUUUACGACGAAAAUUCCCGCCGCGCAUUUAUAAUACUACAGUCUGGCCCAUACUUUCCUGUAAAUUUCGACAUACUAAAACGCUGUUUUCUGACUAUCAGAAUUCUGUUAAAUCUUCCCCCAAAGUCCAGGAAAUGGCAUUUUAGAGACUCUAAAUUUAAAAAUUUCCUCGGGCCUUCGGCCCUCGCUUUCAGCCCCCCCCCCCAAUCGAAAAGAGCUUCCUACGGCCCUGUGUAGUAAUGUAAUUUGAAUGCGAUCUUCCCGCGCGCUAUUUUAAAUUGUACCCGGUCGGGUGACUGUCCCCUGAAGGCUGUGUAACCUUGACACCAUGUGUCUGUUCCAUCAACUGACGGUGUAAAUAUAUAAGCCGUUUGCGAUUAUAGAAGAAAUAUAGACGCACUCAAUUUGCGAAUUAGUACUCAGUAGACGUUAACAAGCCCAAUUUUUACUUUGCUCGCCGCAUUUUGGAUGAAGUGGAAUUUGAUUUGUACGCGAGUGAUCUCCCUAGUGUACAGAAGAAAUUUGACACAAAGAAAUAUUCCUACUGUGAACAAUAGUUCGAAGUCCUUUCUGUCGUUAAUUUAAAUUAAACGUCUGGCUUUAACUGUCACAUUGUCACAGUUCGAUAUUUGUUAGCUGAAAUUUCGAUAUAACUACCGGCGUUUCCCUACUAGACCAAUAUGUUUUGCUGUUGCAAAAUGUCGUAGAGGAAAACAGGCUGCUUUAUAGAGAACAAAUGGCCAAUACAAUUAUCACUCGAGAAGAUGGAUAUCAUGGCUCGAUCUAAUUUUCUAUUAACUGUGAUCUAAAUAAUUUAGAUUUGCAUUUAAUAUGCGUACCCCCCCCCCUCGGUUGAGGACCUCCCUUUAGUAACCCCCCUAAAGAAUCGAGAUUUUUAUAAACCCCUGAAGAAUUCCAGUCUGAAAAUUGAACCCCUGAACAAUUCCAGACUCCUCAACUUGAUAAAUGUAUACUAAAUUAAAAUUAAACAUGAAAGUAGCACAGCAUAUGUUGCACUUUGAGCAUCUCCCCGGAUAAAUGCCCCAUACGAGAGCAAAAAUAUUAAAGAGCACUAACUCCGAAUAAUAUUGCUCAUCAGAAAUUUGGAAAUGUGCAAUUCUGUUGCGGUAUAAAUAAAAUAAUUUUACAGUAUCGCCCUCAAAAAUAACAUGAUCGCCCUCAAAAAUGGGUAUAUAAAGACUGCUGGCGGUAUAAUAUUUGAGAAAUUCAGAAUAAAAUGUAUUAUACAUAAACAGGCCUGCAAGAAAGCUUAGCAGACAAACAAAAUACAUUUUGGUUUUCACUUAUUUCCAACAGACGUUACAUCAUUUGAUCAAUUUCUAAAGUUGUUUCUUUUUGAAUUUUUUUAAUUAAUUUGGUUAAGGUUAUAGUUGGGGCAUAGAGAUUAUAAAUAACACUAGAGGAGGCAUCGAGGUUAAAAAUUGGGAACGCAGCUAAUGGGGGGCAAAUUCAAGUCCCGGAUAUAAAAUGUGCUCUCAUUGGUUGAUUUGAAACUCGUCACUAAUGGGAACGUCAAUACACAUCCGCGACUUGAAUUCGCCCCCCAAUAGCUGCGUUCCCUUUUUUUAACUGAAUUAAGAUUAGAAUGCCUCCUCUAGUGUUAUUUAUAAUCUCUAUGGUUAGGGGUGGAAUAGGGGUAGGGUUUAGCCUGCGAGCAGGCUCUCUGGAGGUUAGUUAUGUAGCUGUUUAAUUAACACCUGUUCCAUCUUCCAACAAUGACAAAAGGUGGUUGGAAAUGAGUACUGACUGUGGUAUUCUUAUAGUAUAAUAAUACGAGGCACGCUCUUUGAGUGCAAGGUUAUCACAAAAAUAAAUUUAAUAUCCAUGGAAUGCUAGCUAGUACAAGUGACGUCACAUAAGUACAUGACGUGCGAUUCUGACCAUACAUUUUUGUGCAGAAAUGCGUGACAGAUUGUUAUUUAAAUUUUACUUUUCUCAAUUUAAACAUUUUAGCAUCAUAGUGAGAAUAUGAUAUGCCUAUAUAAUAUAUAAUAUAUAAAUGUGUUGGUAUACUGUCAAAUAUAGAUAUAUUACAGUCGUGCCAAUAGAAGCGUUCCGAAAAAUGUUGACCAGGUCAUUUCCUAACUUCGAGGAGUUCCUCUCAAUAACUCCUCAACAAUGUGAUAAGUAUUUAAAAAGUUCCUAACUUCCUGUUUCAUUGACCAAUCAGAUUGCUCAAAAAUAAAAUAUAAAAUUUGAUUGGUCAAUGAAACAGGAAGUUAGGAACUUUUUAAAGAAAGUUUCAAAAUUUUAAGGAAUUGUUCAGAGGUCUUCCUUCAAGUUAGGAAACGAAUUGGUCAACAUUUUUCGGAACGCUGAAAUAAUAAUUUUUCUAGCUACUUCUUGCACAUCACUGGCUUAACCUACAGAUAUCUGAGUUACAGUAUACGUACCUGCUUGCCAGCAGAUAACUCAGUUAUUUGUUGGUUCAAUAGCCACAAAUAUGUCUAUACUGUGUAAUUAAUGAAAUUAUUAAUAACUUGUCAUUGGUGACACAUGCGGAGAUUGUGAAAGACAUUCAAAAACCAUUCUGGCCUUGAAAGACAUUUAACCCUUAAUUUUCAUCAUCUUAAAGGCUCGUUUACACUUGCAAUUUUUGCUGUGAUUUUAGGUACGAAUUUCUUCUGAUGGAUGUGAACGAGUGGAUAAGUUAUGAAUGUUCAGAUGAGGGUAUACAUAUAAUCAGAACAUUCGUAAUCGUAACUUAUCAGUCAAAUCGUUCACAUUAGCCUCCUCCGCAGGCAUCUCACCCGACGAAUCGGGUGGUCGGAUAAAGUUUGGUGAGAUGCCUGCCAUAAACUAACCUGAAGUUCAGGCCCUAAUUUGAAAUAGGGCCUGACACAAAACUUGUCUCGACCGUGGGACGCCCACAUGUUAUUUUUAGACACACAUGCAAUAUGAUUGACAAGUGUUGUAGAUUUCGUUACACAAAAAAAUUAUAUUCUCAUGAACAUGUUCGCAGAGCAUUUUGCUUUUUAAUUAAACUUAAAAAUUCAAGGUACUUUUAUAUAAUUAAGAGUCAGUUUCUCUAUUUAACCAAACAGGCGAACAGCAAACAAAGAUUUAAUUAGUCAGUUCUGUGCACGGCUCGACUGCCAAGCUAGCUUUCUCAAGGUCUCAACUUGCUGGACGCGGAUCAGUACUCUAACGACUAACGGGCUAACAACAGCAACAAUUAAAUUGUCAAUCGUAGCACCAAGAAGGCGAUGUAGCUCAGAAAACAACGCCGGUAGGACCUGAUAUUAAAAAUAAGAGUUUUGCCGGCAAAGCAAGUUGGCAGAACACCUUGGCUGUCAACAACAAGCUUUCGAAUACACGACUAGUUUGGCUGUUCUUUCAGCGUCGUGUGUGUCCAAAAUUCGUCAAAGAUUUUGAUGAAGCCCUUUCAAAAUACUGUUUGUUUGAUUUAUUUUCUGCCAUAAAGCAUAAAAGAAAAGAAAUUCGAAGAAAUCGAUAAUGGAAUUUGUUGCGUGAGUUUGACCUGUAUAUUAAUUCUCGCCUUGACCGAGCUAUUUUUAAAACUGUUGUUUAUGUGAACUUGCAACCAAUCAAAAUCCUUCAUGUAGCCUGCGUGCAGGCCCAAGGGAACUGAUAGUGGGCCUGCAACCAUCACCCCAUGUUUUCGAUUUUCACCGGCCGAACCGCCGGCUAAAUUCCCAUUGGCUAGCUGAGGCGAUCGGUAAUUAAUUAACCUAGCCCGCGUGCAAGCCCCAGGGAACAGUGAUUCAUCACAAAGACAUAGACAAAGGCUCUCGAUAAGCUUAAAAUUUGAAAAUUGAUCACUUUUUUCGAUUACAAAUGGAACAAGAACAGACUGUUUAUUGUUUACUUGAAGGAAGACAUGUUUUUGCCGUUAUGCCAAUGGGGAUUGCUUGUCGUGAGGUGUUGGUAUAGCAAAUUAUGACUGGGGUAAACUAUAGUAACCUUUACUUGAGUUUCAUUAAUUUCAAACAGACUUCAGUUGAUACGUUAUGUGUUCUCACUUCCUCAAGAAAAUUAUCUUUUGGUUGAUGUUGAGAUGCAGUUGCAUGUAAGGACUGUAAGCCUAUUCGAAACACUUUGCGAUUUACAAGGCUUCGCUGAGAGAGCGAAACAGAAGGCGGUAUUAAAUUGCCGUUUGAAACGAAACGAUCUGGACUCGGAACGCUCUCUUCUUUUGUAGAGUUCUUUACCAAAUGAAAUAAAUCAGUUGUACUUUCCGCCGCCAACAAGAAUUGCACACAUGAUCUGAUAAGUGAGACAAUUUAUUUAUAACAAUGCCAAUGGCGACAGCGAAACACACAUAAUAUAAAUCCUAAUGUGGUCGCACGACUUCCCUCAUGAUUUGAAGUUUGAGACUAGUUUUCUGUUGAAAUUCGUCCUAAUUUACCUGUUCCGAUUUUAGUUGAAAACAAGACGCCUACUCAGGCGUUCACUCCGGGUACAGGGCCUUGACUAAGCGCAAAGCUACUUUAACGUAUGCUUAUAUACGGCAAUAAAGGUAUCUUUAAUGCAUGAUAUUUAGCAUAUUAAAGUUGGAAAAGUGGGAGAACACCAGGUGACUAAAAACAUAUGCAAUGAUCAUAAUAUUUUAUAACAUAAAAAUAAAAGGACAUUGUGACACUGAUUAUCUCUAAGGGGCGGACCAUUAGAAAUCCCGGGAGGGGGGGGGGGUGUGAAAAUUCCCCCAAAAAAAUUUGUGCAAAGAAAAAUGCUAUUUGCUAUUUUUAUUACUUUAUUCGCAUGACCUAUUUACAAGGUAUUGCUAAAGUUUUCAAUAAUAUAUUACAUAAAAUGUGAUUAACAAUAUUAAUAAGUUUUAUAUAUAUUUUACUUUACUUUACAAAAUAACAAAUGUUGUAGGAUCUUUGACUAUUUAUUUGCAAUAUCAAAGAUUUGAAUUAUGAAAUAAUAAUUAUCAUAUAUAAAUAUCAAAUUUUAAGAAAGUUAACUACUUCGAAUGUAACCUAGUUUCAAGGCAUUCAUCACGUUUCUUAAAACAACCGAAAAGAAAUUUUGAGAAAAUGUUGAGCAAAUCGGGAUUAUUCGAUGACAAUAUGUUUAGUAAGUCAUCAGUUGUUUGGAAAUUUAUCGGUACAUUAAAGUCAUUUUGUAGAGUAUUUGUUAAAUCAUUUCUUUGUUGUUCAUAAUAUUUACAUGAAAGUGUGAAAUGAUAUUCAUCUUCUAUUUCAUUGGUGUCGCAGUACUCGCAUAAACGUUGUUCACGGGGAGUUUUGUUGUAUCGUCCGGAUUCAAUGUGUAGUUUAUGGGAACUGGUUCGAAAUUUACUUAGUAAUCUUCUAUGUGACGGGUUCUUUAUAGAACUAAGGAUAGGAAAGAUAAUUUAGAGGAAUUAAUCAGUGUGUGUUUCCAAAAUGUUGUGUAUUUAUUUUUGAUAUUAUUAAUAUAUCUGGUUAAAUGAUCUUGUGUGAUGGGUUCUAAUUCAUUCAAUUCAAAGGAUGGGUCAUAGGAUUUAAGCAUUUUCAUUACAUUUAGAUAAAAACUUUGUUGAUUAUUCAAAUAUAGAUUUUUGGAUAGUAGAAAUGCAUGUUUCACAAUGACAGAAUCUGGAAGUGUGUUGAUAUGUAUAAUAUAUUUAAUUAUUCUUUUAUGAAUAUUUAUCAAUAGGGGGAAUUUGCCUAAUUCUCCUCUACAUGCAACGUUAGUUGCCUUUUUAUUAAUACCUAGGUAGAGUUUGCAAAAUUUUAAAUGGGUUUUCUCUAUUGGAGUUUGGUUCCAUUUAUGGAAAUCUUUAUUGAUACAAGUGAAUGCUCCCCAUAUUUCGGAAUUAUAUAGAAGAAUGGGUGAUAUUAUGCUUUCAAAAAUUUUAAUUGCUAGUUUUGGUUUUAAAUUGGAAAAGUCAACUUUUUUCUUUAUAGCAAACAGAGCUUGUAUUGCUUUGUCAGCUAUAGUUUUCAUUGCUAAAGUAAAUUUUCCAGUAGGUGUAAGUUUUAGUCCUAGGUAGGUGUAUUCUUGUGUUAUUUGUAAAAUUCUGUUUCCUAUAGAAAAGACUGGUAUUUGCUGUUUUUUAGUUGAUUUUUGAAAAAUCAUUAUUUUUGUUUUUUUCAAGUUUAUUUCCAUUAACCAUUGUUCACACCAGCUGUUUAGCUGAUUUAAACAGUUUUGAAGGCCUUGUUUUGAUCUUGAUAGUAAGAUAAGAUCAUCUGCAUAUAAUAAGCAGUUCAGUUUGGUUGUGUUAGGAAGCAUGCAUGUGGGUCAGAGGCUAAAUUAUUGAAUAAUUGGGGCAAAUCGUUUAGAUAAAUAUUAAAUAGUAGUGGGCUUAAAAUACAUCCUUGUCGAACGCCUCUGGAGUAUGGAAAGAAAGGUGUUCUAUGUUGCAAUUGCUUAACGGCACACUGGGAGUUGGAGUAAAGAUUUUUAAUCAAAUUGUAGAAUUUCCCCCCAAUUUUGUUACGCAGAAGUUUUAAAAGCAUUCCAUCAUGCCAAACAGAGUCGAAAGCUUUUAUGAAAUCAACAAAGCAUGCAUAUAUUUUCCCGUUAGUUGUUUGAUUUACAUACUUAUCUAUUAAAGAUUUUAGGGUUAGUAUAUGAUCGGCUGUUCUAUGAUUAGGUAAGAACCCAAUUUGUGAAGGAUGAAGAGUGUCAUUUUCUUUGGUAAAAGUAUGAAGUCUUUCGUUGAGUAUUAAACAGAAAAAUUUACCAAGACAACUUGUAAUACAUAUACCUCGAUAAUUAUUGCAGUUAAGACGAUCGUCUGAUUUGAAAAUUGGAGUUAUUAAACCUUCACACCACUGACUAGGAAAGUUUCCCGCUUCAAGUAUAAGAUUAAAUAGUUUUAUGAAUCCUUGAAGCAAGAUAUGAGUACUACAUUUAAUCAUUUCAUUUUUUAUGCGAUCAGAGUAGGCAGAUUUAUUUUUCUUCAGUUUUUUUGCAGCAUUUCUGAUUUCUAAAUCUGAAAUAGGAUGAUCUAAGUUUGCAUAUUGGUUUUUGUUCAAUUCUUCAAUAUUCAAUGUUUUUGUGACAUUGUGUUGCGACUCAUUAAGACUAUGUUUUGAAUGCAAUGUUUGGAAGUGAGAUAACCAUUGCUCUUCAGAGAUUGUAUUUGAAGUUGCAUUGUUUGGCAUUUCAUCAUCCAUAGUUUUAAGUACUUUCCAAAAAGAGUUUGGAUCAUUUUCAGCUGUUUUUUCAAGUUCAAUAAUUUUUUGUUUGUGGAAUUCUUCUUUUUUGAGUUUUAAAGUAUUUUUGUAGAUUUUUAAUUCAUGAUGAUAUCUAUUUCUAAAGUUUAUGUUUAUUGGAUCUCUAUGUUUUUGGUUAGCCAGUUUUCUCACGGCAUGUCUUUUUAUUCGACAUUCUUUGUCAAACCAUUUUUUGUUAGUUAUAUUUUUAAUUUUGUAUCUUUUCCUAACUUUCUUAAUUUUAAGGCUUUUGUUUCCUGCAUCUAGUAGAAUGUCUUGAAAUUCAUUUACACAGUCAUUAACUCCUGCAUUAUUUGUAGGGUAAUUGUUAUUUAGAAAAUUUUGAAAUUUCAUUUGUAUAUCAGGCAAUCUAAGACUUUCAGUAAAGGUUCUAUCAGAAAUAUUUUCCCAGAUAAAUUGGGGUGGUAGUUUUUUUGAAAAAUUGCUGUUAGGUGUGUCUUGAAGGAUUUUAUCAGCGUUAUCCUUCAUGUCUAUCCAAAAGGUAAUUUGGCUAUGAUCUGAGAAGUAAUUUGGGGGUUUAACAACAAGAAAUUUAAUGUACUUAAGUAAAUUUAUAUCACAUACGACAUAGUCUAUGGUACUAAUACCAUUCUUACUAUGAAAAGUGGAUUUACCCAGGGAGUCGCCUUUGGUUCUACCAUUAAGAAUUCGGAGAUCACAAUUUUUACAUAUUUCAAGAAGAUGUUUUCCAUGACUAUUUACUGUAUUAUCAAAAUUUUCUCUUUUGGUUUGGUAUGAAUCGUCUUGGACAAGGUUUUGUAUAUGUUUAUUUCCGUCUGUUGAAAUAAAGUCCUCAAGUUUACCUGUUCUUGCAUUAAAGUCGCCAAUCAGUAUCACAUCUCCUUUCCCAGAGAAUGUGAUAAUUUCUUCUUCUAAUUUAUCAAAUGUUUCGGAAUCAAAGUAUUUUGAUGUUUCUGGUGGUAUGUAUAUUCCACAUAAAUAAAAAUCAUUUUCUGAUUUUAGUAUUUCUUUGGAGAUUUUACACCAGAGAAAGUGUUUGGAAUUUUUCAAAACUGUAACAUAUGCUUCAAAUUUUGCAUUAAAUAACAAAGUUAUGCCUCCAGAUAAGCGACCACUAUGAUUUAAUUUUGGAGGUAUAACAUUGGAUAUUGCCUUGAAACCAGGGACAUAUAUAGUAGUAUUGGACCAGGUUUCAGUUAAAAAUAUAAAAUCAUUUGUUUUUAUUUGAUUAAUAAAAUCUUCGUUUUUUGAUUUAUCACCAAGUACCUUACUGUGAAGGCCAUUGAUGUUCCACAUACUUAUGGAAAUAUUUGACCGCAUUUUUACUGACAAAGAAAGAAUGAAAUAAUUGUGAUUUUAAGGAGUGCUUAAGAGGUGAAUUUUUGGUUAAUCCUAAUUCUAAUGUGCAAAUUGAAGAAAUUAAGCUAAUAUAUACAUAUAUACAUUACUAGGUUUUAGCACACAUACCCAUGAAGUAGUUUAAUUAGUUCAAUGAAGUGCGAUGGUAUUUUGGAAUGGUCAUUGGUUAAUCUUUCUGGUGUUGCUUUCUUCGGAACUGGGUGUGGUAGAGUAUUCGGGGAGGGUUUCUGGUUUGAAUAAGGUAUAUUGCUUGGUGUAGAAGGUAACUUGUGUUGGGAUUUCAAUGUAUAAGGUGGGAAGGUAGGAGGUAUACAGCCAGGGGGAGGUAUGGGGCCAGGAGGAGGUAUGGAACUAGGGGGUAAGUGGCCAGGGUGUUGGAAGAUAGGUGGAGGAAAGAGCACAGGAUGAGGAAUAAAGCCAGGAGGGAUAUUUCUUGGGGGAGAUGUGGAACUGUGGGGUUGCAUAUGGUUAGGGGGAGGUAUAAAAGCAGGGGGAGGUAUAAAUCCAGUAGGAGGUGUAAAACCAGGGGAAGAUAGACCCUUUGAAUGAGUUUUAUGUUCAUGAGGACGGAAAUGGAUAUUUAGUUCGUGAUUUGAUGGUGUUAACAUGUGCCCUUGGUUUGAUUCUCGUGCAUGUGUUUGUCUUGUUUUAGAUGCUCUUGUUGUGCCAUUUUUUGCAUAGAAGUAGGCGGUCUUAAGAUUCUUGGCAAAAACUCUAACGCCUAUUUCAUUUAAAUGUUUCUUGUCAUACAAGUGGUGGUAGGAUGGAAAAAUAUCAUUAUGGGCGACAAAGUAGACGUUGGGUUUCUUUGAACAUUCCUCUUUGAUUUUCUUAUUGAUUUCAUUUAUACGAUUAUGGUGAUCAUCCAUUCUUGGGAGAAUUGAGGACAAGAUAAUUUUGCACUCUGGGUAUUUCUUUGUGAUUGUGUCUACAACAUUUAACAUGUCCGAAUAAAUUUUAGAAUUUUCUUCCGAUUUCUCCAUGUCAUUUGUUCCACAAUGUAAUAUUAUAGUUUUUGGCUUGGUGAAUAUAGCCUGGAAAAAAAUUCGUGCAGCCAUUACGUCAGAGAAAAAAAAUUCGUGCAAGCAAACAGCAAAGUACAAGUAGUCUUGAAAAAAAUUCGUGCAGAGGAUAAAUGCAUUAAAAAAAAUUCCUGCAGAGACAUGAGACUAAAAAAAAAAUUCGUGCCGCAAAAAUUUUAUACCCCCCCUCCCGGGAUUUCUAAUAGUCCGCCCCUAAUAAAAGCUAUCUAGUUCUUUAUUAAAAGUUAUAUUUAAAACAUGCGUAGGAGUGUUUUAACGAGUCGUACAUAAUAAGUCGGAGGCCGUAUUUUACAAAUAUUUUAUGUUUUUUUUAUUGUCGAGGGUAGAAAUUCGAGGGUGAAAAGCUUGAGGGUACAUUUUAAUAAUUUAACAAAAUAAUAAUUUAAGCUCGUGUUCACUUACUUUACUCUUAAUUUUUAGCUCUUAUUUUUAUAUGCAAUUAUUAUUUUUUUAUAUGCGAUUACUUUUUAUAUGACAAAAUAUUACUAGGCCUACAUAAAAAUAGACAUGCCGACAAAAGCUACAGUCGAGAUAGUUUCAAACGGCGUGGUGCAUUAUCUCGGAAUGCAUGUCGCAAAUUAUUGUAUUGUCUAUUCACUAUAUGGUCUAUUGAAUCAGAGUAAUCAGGACUUGUUUACACCUUGCCAUUGCCAUACGCCUUUUCCGGGUUCGCGACGCCAUCUUCAAAGUAUUGUUUUCGCUAUUGUGCUUGCCCCACUUGCAAAUUUAUCUGUAGGGAAUGCCCGCAAAUUUCUACCCUCGACAAUAAAAACCAUAAAAUAUUUUAGAAAUACGACCUCGGACUUUUUAUAUAUGACCCUCGACUUUUUGAUAUGACCCUCGACUUUUUAUAUAUGAUUUUUCGACCUUCGCUUCCUACCCUCGACCCUCGAGAAGAACUCCUGAAACUGAAUUACUAAAAAUAGCUAACGUAAACAAACCACAUUUAUCAAACACGCAAAGAAAAUUAUUUAAAAAGUAAUAUAUUGUUAGUCGUGUCAUAUAGUUAAUUGUCAACACUUUUUCAGUGCAUGGCAGUAAGUUCAUAACUAGCACCAUAACUCAUAAUUAAGUUAUGUUGAUAUUUUGUUUAUACAGAUUGAUUGUUUUAAUUUGUAUGGCUUCUGUAAGUUUGUUAUUAUCAAACGUUUAGAUUGUUUUAAGCAUCUUAGUAAUGAUUUUACUUUAAGACCAAGACAGUGCAGCUGUCGAGACCGAUUUUUAAUACUCUAUAAAUAAAACAUUAAACUGUGUAAUAGACGUAAUAGUGUUGGGUAAAGUAAUCUAUAGUUAUAUACAUUUUAUAUGCGCUUUUGUCUAAUUCAAGCGUUGUAGACAAUAUUGCCAAUAUUGUUGUGGUUUGCGAUAUAAAUUGCCUCGCGAAUCGAAGACUUUCAGAUAUGUCAUAUGUCGAAUAGAUUUGUGCGUUGUUUGUACUUCAAUUUUGGCCACGAGGCACAAAAGGAAACUUAAAGAACACGAGUGACGAGUAUUAACACAAUUUAAGUACGUACAGUGUUGACAAAAUUAAAAAAUGCCGGGCUAACAACGUCAGUAACGAACCAAGCCAUUUGUUAAUCAGAACUUGCUUUGCAAUAACGGCACCCGCUACUAAACACGCGAGAAAGUCUCGAAUUUCGAUCUGUAUUUACAUGAACUGUGGUCACUGUAUAAAAACGAGUGUAUGAGAACCCCUCCAUUUGAUAAUAUUUACUGUAAAUAGAACUAAAUAUAUUGUAAACACAAUGCUCUCUCCGACCUUUAAUACUACGAAUGGCGGCUAUUUUUAGAUAUUUCGUAUUUUUGUAGUGCGUUGCGUGCGUUGCGUACGGUGCACCUGUGGAAGUGCACACUUGUGUCGCCUAAGAAAAAAGAUCUGACAUUUUAAUACUCCGGUACUUACAGUACCCGGAGUAAUGAGCACUUGCAAAUUUGGCAAUUACUGACUGCGUUGCUUGCUUUUUUGGAGUCAACGCAGCCAUUUACACAUUGUUUAUUAGUGUUCUGAAUAAGCAGAGAAAACCCCGCAACAUUUUAAUGCGAGUUUGUUUGUUAAUAUUUGGGUGCUGUCAUUGGUUCUUUUUUGACAAUUGACGCGCGAAUGGGGCGUGUUAUAAAAAGGGGCGUUUUACAAAAUACCGGGCGAUGGUUGCAGGCCCACUAUCAGUUCCCUUGGGCCUGCACGCAGGCUAUCCUUCAUGAUGCUGAUCAACCAAUCAGAUUUCCCGUCCACCAGGUGGACGAGAAUCCCACAGAUUAGAUAGGUUUUGCGUCAGGCCCUAUUCUGUGAUUAGGGCCUGAACUUCAGGUUAGCCAUAAAUCGACACAAAAAUUUGCACUGCGCAUACCGGCUCGCGCAUGCAAAUUUCGACAAACGCAAACUUAGUGGGAGUAGGAAGGGCUUACAGCAAGGAGUGGAGAAUUUUUUGUUUUCAACAAGAUGGCUUAUAAAACUAAGACGAAUACAUGUAAAGUUAACGAAUAAUACUGCUCUUUAACAUUGUAAAUACACAGGGAACUUUGACUAAGGAGCUGAGAACGUUAGCACGUGAGCCGAAGCAGCGAUUUACUGGGAUUGUUUAGGGACAACGACUCAACGAGUGACUUUCCAGAGCAGCGAAUUCACGUUGUCGUCGAUUCAUGUCAAGACAGGGUGUCAAUUGAACGUUUAUCGUUGAUAUAUACAAAUUUCUACUCAAAUUGUUGACGACAUUUUAUAUUAUAAUAUUGAAGCUGAAAUUGCAGUGAUUCAUUCGAAAAAGAACGAGCGAAAAUUGUCCAUAUAUAAAAUGUAAAUUCAACUGUUGACAUCUGUUACUGUGCCUUCGGUAUCAGUUAAAUAUAUACCUCUUGCCUUGUUUUAAUUAAUACACUUGUAUGGAAGGAAAAUCAUUAAUAAAAGUCUUUUAAACAAAGAGGGUUUUUUAUAUUGUGGAAUACACUGUGCAAUUUAUCCCUUGGGCAAAGACAAAGUUUUCAAACUUGAGUGUCUUAGAUAAUAAUGGCCCUGUUUUAUAUAUGGGUGUGAGUAAUACCUAGACAUAUAUAAGGGAAUAGACAUAAAGGAAUAGAAAAGACAACUGGAAUUUAAUAAGAAUCUAAUAGUUUUGCAAGUGACGGAUUAUGCGACAUUCAUCUUGCUUGCCAAAGUUCACAGGCAAAAUAUUUACAUGGGUAAAAUCCAUCAAUUUUGCAAGGCAAAUUUCCAUGUAAGUUGUAGCCAUACAAACAGUCACUGAGGAAACUUCCCAGUGAUAGCUAGUGUUUUGCUAUUGUUACAUUACACAGCAACCACCCUGUCCCAAUUCCAAUUAUUGAACUAUAUAUUAACUGUAAGUUUACAACAAUGAAUACAUUUAGUAAGCUAUAGCAGGGAUGGAUCCAGCGUGACCUGGUAGGGCGGGGGGUGCUCUGCCAGCUCUGGUGCUGAGUUGUGUCAGUCAUGUGUGCCGCCCGCCCAUCAACUUGCUUCACUACUGCAAAGUCUUGCUUGACUAUUGUAAUUGUUGUUCACAGUUCGUUUAUCAUCAUGUUAUUACUCAAAUUACUGAAUAUCAUUUUGUCUCUAAUAAUUUUUACUUAUCAUGAAAAAUAGCACCUCCUCUGCACCCCCUCUGGCCAGGGCUAGGGGGGGGGGCACACCCCCAGUAAAUCCAUCCCUGAGCUUUAGAUUAACCCAUUGUAUGUCAAGGGCAAUUUUAUUUGAACAUGAACAAGGGAGAUACAUAUAAUUAGAGAAUAUGCAUCAUAAACUCAUUUAACAUCAGAAUAACAUCAUAAAUUCAUUUAUUUAUCAAAUCCUGGAUCAUGUCAUGUGGCCAGUAAGUGUAACACAACUAGGCACAUAAUAUAUUAGAAAGAGGUUGUUACAUGUGCCAACUGCUUUUCACAGGCGUGGUGCCACAAUGCAACUUAAUGGAUUCAGCAUAUUUACAUGAUAUUAAGGGGAUGAGGGAGUUAAAAAAACUGCAAUUCCAAUUUAACUAUUCAACCAAGUGAAGCCUGAUUCACAUAUACCUACGGUACGUUGGCAGGCUAUUGUCGUUAGAAGCUCAACCAAAUAAUUCACAAAAGAAUGUAUGCAUCAACAGCUGUAAACAAUGAUAGUGCAGGCAUACCGCAGGCAUAUGUAAACCAAGCUUAUAAUUUAUUAAGAUGCCAACAAAAUCUUGAUGUUCGUAGUAAUCAAAUUUCUGUUUUUGAUAUUUCUCUCCUCACUUAUUGAAAUGGUUGCUUCAACAGAAAGAUCUUUUCCUUCUAUAUAUCAAUUCACUGAGCAUGUUGCCAAAUGCCUGAUUAUUUGACUAAAAUUAGUGAAAUAUAAUCAAAUUUUCAACCCCUUUAUAGACAUGUCAAAAUAUUAUUCCAGAAAACAAUACAAUUUAAUAUAAUCCCUUUAUUAAACAAAUUAUACCUUUCGUAUCGUUCCAUUCUGCGUUUUGCGUUCGAAAUUAUGCCAGAUAAUUUCCUCAAAUUGUAGUUCCUCGGCUGAACAAUUGAGCGGAACUCUGAACCCAUACAUUCAAUACAUAUUUGUAGACAUAAUUUGUAAACACUUGGCUGCUUCGAGCGAGCGAUUCAGAAUUUGCACGUCGUUUUUAGACCGCGAGAGACAUUGCGACAUAUAAUCCUUUCAAUUGACCAACUAAUUUUCGUAUAGCUUGAAUAUUUUGACGCAUUAUAAAACAUUUUUAAAGUUUUUAAUGUUUUUUAAAAUCGCAAGCUUCGCUCCUCGCCCGAAGAUUUCAAACUGAAUAUAUAAUAAGGGUCAAAAGCCUACUUAAGGGGUGGGGUACAUUGACACGGCCACUUGGUACAUUGACACGUCCAUUUUGUUCGAUUUAUGGCAGGCCUCUCUCCCAGAAAAUUAUUUUUUCAAACCCAUUCGCAGGCUAGAACCCAUAGAGAGGCCUGCGGAGGAGGCUACGUUCACAUACAGCAGAAGGAAAAAAUGGCAUUAGAAAUCGCAGCAAAAAUUGCAAGUGCAAACGGGCCUUAAUUAAGACAUUUGCAAUCAUCCUAUUUUGCUUUUUGUUUGAGCCGUGCUCUACAUACACAAUUUGCCUAGACCUAACAGUGGCGUCACCUCCACAGAAUAAACACAGUCUGGUUCACUGACAUACACAACAGAAAUUUCAUCAUUUUCAAUUGUGGACGACUGUACGUCUGCCGUAUACCAGCCUGGUUUCCAUCCAGAAUCUCCUAUCUCCUCUGAUGUCCAUCGUAUUUUUACAUUGGAGCCAACUUCGAAAUAAUCUUCAUAAUUAACUUCGUUACUACCAGUUUUGUUCCCCAUUGUGUUUUCAACCUUAUUCAUGUUGGAACUGUGAUGUGUUUUAUGGUUCAGGUAUAUUAAUAAAGUUUCAAUUCAAAUAAGUUCUCUAAGUUUUCCUUGGAGACACCAUAUGGAAUUGGUAUUUGGGAUUUCUUUGCUAAAUUCUUUCCAGAAAAUUUUCUUGUUCGGUAAACGUCCGGUUGAUCAAUAAUUUCACAGUUGACUUGAUACAAUAUCAUUGAUUGAACCAAUUUAAUCAAGUCCUUUAUUUCGCGUACUUGCAUAUAAGAUGCCAAAUGAGAUCUUCCGUUUCGCAAUAAAAACACACGAAGGAUCAAAUUGUCUUUCUUACCAGCUGUAGACAAAUUGUGGUAUUUCAAAAUAUACUGAAGAGUUGCAGCAGGUAACUUUUUUAACAUCGAAAUACUUUUUGGCAACGAACCCAAAUCACAUUUAUAGUCGGCUCGAAAAUCGUCUGGAACGUCUUCAUCUUGAGCAAGUACCAACGCCUUAACAAUUACGUACUUCGGACCUUUGAAUGAAACAUUGUUUUUCUUGCACAUUUGUUCUAAUUCGACCAUGUUAAGUUUAUAAAGAGGAUGACUGCGCCAGGUCCAACAUUAUCACGGCAGCUUUUGUCAGCUUUCUCUCUGUUCUUUUUUAAGUAUUCAGUUACUUUCUUCAAUUGGUAACCAUCAAAGGAGAGCUAGUUGUUGCAAGAUUUCAUUUGACGGAUCAUUUUCAAUGUCAAAGAAUAUGUCCGAGAUUCGUGUUGGCAAAAAUAUAUCGCAGUCAGUAAUUUCAGGCUUGUUUCUUUCGAGUUGCUCAGUUUUUUCGUACGAAAGAAAAUGAAAUUAACCAGAAUGAAUCCAACGGAUGUAAUCAGGUAAUUUAUCCUGAGACUGAGUUACUAAAUCAUUUGUCUGAAACUAUAGAACAGAUUCUUUAUCCUGAGCCCAAUGCAAGAAUAAUUAUAGCAGGAGACAUAUUAUUAGCACUGAUGAAGAUCCGUGCCUACGGAUCGAAAGCUUUGCAGUAAUAAAUUUACGUGGUGUUUCCACAAACAAAAACAAUUAUAUUUUAUCGCCAUGCAAACAUUCAAAGAACUUAUUAGACAUUAAUCAAUUAAAAACAAAGGACCUUAUCAGUCAGCAAAACUUGGAACAAUUAGUCAAGAAGCCCACCCGAAAUCAUAAAAUUUUGAAUGUAUUUUUAACCAACUGUCCACAUCUUUCGGAAAAAUUAAAGGUUUUCAAAGGUCUAGUAAGAUCUGACCAUUUGGUUGUCAUGGUUUCCCCGCGACAAGCUAUAAAACCCGAAAGAAAGGAUGUAUACUUUAGAGACGUAAGAGCUCAUCGGAAAUUCAGCAUGAUGAGCAAAUUGGAGACAUGUGAUUGGAGUCACAUUUAUAAUUGCAGUAAUGUCAAUGAUACAGUUAUUUGACUUUGAAGGCGAUGCGGUCGUGCCGCCAGUGAUUAGCCUUUUACUGUUAUAUAUAUAUAUAUAUAAUGAGCACACACAAUGUAGGCCACAGAAAAUGUUACAUCAACCGCUCUAAAUGAGCUCAUGGAGUAACUAAAAGAAUGCAAAGGUGUUAUAUUAUCAUGUCAACUAUAUUUUAUUGUUAAAAUGUAUUUAUUUGACCAAUUUGAGAAUGUUUUUAGAAUAAUUUUGGUUGACUAUAAAUUUGUUUAUAAAAACCGUUAAAAACCCGCAACACCUGAUCAUUCAUUCUGAGAUUGGGCCGCCUGUGGUUUAGUGCCUUUAAUAAAUCGCAUUAUAUAAGUGUAACUAAACACUAAUAAAAUACACGAUUAAUCUGCCUUUACAACCAUAUUAAGGGCACGCUUUUCGUGCUGUGAAUUAUAAGGGCUGAUUCCAUGGGUACUGUACUUCUCAGGCCGGGCUGCAAUUUCAGUCCGGGAAACCAAUGUAAUCAGCCUUUAAGUACAAAGAACGCAUAUAAAUGGUAGGAAUCAGGUCUCUCGUUAACAUAUCGCAUUGCUGUCUGAAACCCUAUAGUAGAGACCUUACAAUUUUAGGACGGCAACGCGACGGCAACGGCUACCAAUAUAAUAGAUUAUUGAAAGAAUUGAGUAAUUACAAUAUAUGAAUAAUUUAGACAUUUGUCCUCGCCCUGUUUACAACGCUAAAUCACAGAUUUUCACGUCUUGAUCGUACAACGCAUGAUUGCUCUAACAAGAAACAUCAAGAAACCACAUCACCACAUUAAGAUGAAUUUUGGUUUCUUCCAAGAUCCUGAAAUGUGGAAGAAGUUUAUUCCUAACUAGAAUGGGGCAAAUUUCUUUGUGUCAUCAGAGUGGCAUGACUCUGGUACUUUAGUGCUACAUACUGAUGUCUCUGGCACAUUGGGGUUUGGGGGUAUUUUGGGGGAGAAGUGGUUUCAGGAAGCAUGGGAACCACAUAAAAAACUUGGCGAGCCUGAUAUAAGUAUAUCUUGGCAGGAGUAUGAGACGGUAUCACCGGAUUGGAGGAGGAUCACCGGAUUAAGUUUCAUUGUGAUAAUGAGGCUGUGGUGACAAUUAUUAAUACUAAGCGUUUGCGAAUCCCCAGGGUUAUGGACUUACUGCGUCAUCUAACACUCCUAACCUUGCAACACAAUAUAAACAUCCGUGCUGUGCAAUAUUCCUGGUAAACACAAUGACAUAGCCGAUGCAAUAUAUUUAUCGUUUUCAAUUUCAGAGGUUUCAACAAUUGGCUUCGGAUGCAGAUACCAGAAAUUGUAAUGACUCUCUGCAUGAAGACAUCCAACAUUACAUAAAUUUAUCUCUUAAAUCUAGAAAACAACAAACUUAUAGCUCUUGUGAAAAACGCUUUAUAACAUUCAUCCAUUUAUACAAGCGAAAACAUAUUGAGCAGUUUAUACCGGCUGACGAAUUGAUGUUGACAGAAUUAGUCGUAUUUCUUGCCAAAUCUAUCAAAUAUCCAUCAAUGAAAACAUAUUUAGCAGUAGUCCGUCACUACCAUAUUCAGCAUGGCUUCCAAUUAAAUUUGCACACAAUAUUACGUUUGCAACUUGUGUUACGAUGAAUUAAACGCUCCCAUGGUGACAAAAUUAGUUCCCGCCUCCUAAUCACAAUCCACCGUUUGCAGCUUUUCAGAAUGUUACUGGCAUAACCAACACACAAAGUUUUGAUUCUCUGAUAAUCUGGGCAGCCAUGACAUUAACAUUUCUUGAGUUUCUCCGUCUUGGAGGGUCAAUAACAUGCAACUGUAAAUUCAAUCCGAACAUAGAUCUUACCCGUGACAGCAUCCUCUUUGCACCUAGAUUUGGCACAAAAGGUCCAGUAUUCAUGACCGUCCAUAUUAAGGAGUCCAAGACUAAUCAAUUUCGCUUGGGUCAUACUAUGACAGUCGGGGCCACUAAUUCAGAUAUUUGUCCAGUAUAACCUUUACAAAACUAUCUGUCACUACACCCCCACAAAUGGUCUUCUGUUUAUUCAAGCACCAGGAAAACCUCUUACAAAACAAAUUUUAUGAAAGACUUUUAGACACUUUUUGCUGUUUGAAACUCGGCUCUCUUCGCAGGGCAAUAAAAAUUGCGUAUUGCCCGUGGGCAAUACGGGAAAAUCCUGCCUCGUCAGCAGCCAAUCAAAAUGCGCGAUUCAUCAAAACAAAUGCUUGCUAUAUAAUAAAUAUUAAUAUUUAGUAAGCCAUUUUUUGCUAAUGAAAGUAACUGCUAUUUACAGUUACCUUUGAUGCCUCACGAUUGUGGGACAUCAAAACCAUGCCAGAGCGCUCAAACUGCAAGCAGUGAGCGUGCGCAAUGCGUAAGCGGCAUGGCUCAUCCUGUAGAGCGCUCAAUAUGACCAUAGUCCAUGUAUAAAAGUGUCUGGAAACGCGGCAUACAUCAAAGCAAUAUGUUAUGUUUAAUUUUGACUGUGGUCACGUGCAAAUAUGGGUGCACGCACGAUGAUAAUUUUGACGGAAAUAAGCACACGAAGACAAUUGUGCAUUCAAAAAGUAUCAAAUUUCGCUUCAUGCCAGGGGCAAAUUGCAGUAUAUUUGGUUGCACUGUUUCAUGGAGGAAGAAACACAAUGGUAUCAGCUUAUUUGCGAUUCCUGGACGUUCUAAGGUGAACAAAAACAAGGUUGAAUGGCGAAAGAAAUUACUAGCCAUAAUAACUCGAGACAGAGUUAUUGACAAAGAUCUACGGAGGCAAAUAAAUGAAGGAAAAUUACACGUAUGUGAAAAACAUUUUAGGCCUGAAGAUAUAGAAAUCCGUAAGUAAAUGUUUUUAUGUUGUUUGUCAAACAUUUGAAUCUCGUGCGUUGUUUUGGAUUAAAUAUGUACAUAUUAAUCAUGCUUGGAAUUAUCUCAUGUUUAUGGGGUUAAUAAUCCUGUUCCUUUGUUAUUUUUGUAUGUGCACAGACAAGAGUAGAAAGACACUGAAACUUGGAGCAUUACCCACUUUUAAUUUACCAAAGAAAAGUCUCCAAACGUAUUCGCGAGCUCGUGUUACAAGAAGAUCCACAACUGAAAAUGGGCAUCCAGAUGGAAUUCAAAAUGAUGGCUGUUCUUCAACAAACACGCACGAAAAUACAAUAUCAGAUAUGCAACCGCUUUAUACGAAUUUGGACGAUUUUAAAUUGCAUAUUUCAUCACUCAAGCUCGUGGGCUGGACAGUAAGCCAAAAUAAGGAAAAUGUUACGUUUGCCUGGUUUGAUGGUGUCCAUCAUAUUGCAAAAUUUCAAGUUAUUGUUGAUUGCAGUCUUGGCUUUAGUAUAUCUGUGUAUGGCUGGUUCAUCCCUGAUGAUCAUCCAAUUUACUUGCAACACAAACGUUCAGUCAGGUUUACUACAGCCUACUCACUUUUAUCAAAUGUCAUAAAAUAUAGUGUCUGUUCUGGGUUAGGUAAUGUCGAAGAAAAUGAAGUAAAUGAUCCAGUGCAUGAAAAGAGUAAAUUUAUGAGGCACUCAGUACAGAAAAUUGUGGAACCACUUGACUAUGAUGGCUCACCAAUCCCUUUGGUUACUAUUUAUAAAAGGCAUGAAUUUUGUUUUGUACUUUGUCAAACAGUUCAAUGUUGUGCAUGUAAAAAUGCAGAUGACAAAAAGUCAAGAUCUGCUUCAAGACAGUCAAGGAAAAUUCUUGAACCUGUUAAAGAUCGUGCCCCAUUAUCUACCACUUCUCAACCACGACUUGCCAUUUCGCUAAAAGCAAAGAGAAUGGAGUGCAAAGCCCUUAAAAACCAGUUAGAAGAAAUGUAA